GAAGAGGACCGCGCGCCUAGUCCUGGGCCGGGAACUCGCGGCUGACGGGACAGGGAGACUUAUUUUGUCCUGUCUUCCGCUCUCUUUUGCAACGAGCAAGCGCACACACAGGGACGACUGCGGGGAGAAGCCAACCAGGAAACGAGGCCGCCGGGCACGCGAAGGGCAGCGGGCGCUCCCAGGAUCCCGCGCGCCGAAGGGGCGUGCCCAUCGUGACGUCAUCAGCGGGCGCGGAGCCGGAAGUGCUGUGGCAGCCGCCGCGCGUCGCGGCGCCACGUGUGGAGCCCGGGAGCUAGAGCGUCGCGGGUCCCUGGCACUUGCCAGACAAAAGCACCAUGAGCUUCGUGGCGUAUGAGGAGCUGAUCAAGGAAGGUGACACAGCCAUCUUGUCAUUGGGCCAUGGUGCAAUGGUGGCAGUGCGUGUGCAGCGUGGAGCACAGACCCAGACCCGGCACGGCGUUCUGCGGCACUCAGUUGACCUCAUCGGCCGCCCCUUUGGCUCCAAGGUGACCUGUGGCCGUGGUGGCUGGGUGUACGUGCUGCACCCCACGCCUGAGCUGUGGACACUGAACCUGCCGCACCGCACUCAGAUCCUGUACUCCACUGACAUCGCCCUGCUCACCAUGAUGCUGGAGCUUCGGCCUGGCUCUGUGGUCUGCGAGUCCGGCACCGGCAGUGGCUCCGUGUCCCAUGCCAUCAUCCGCACCAUUGCCCCCACGGGCCACCUGCACACAGUGGAGUUCCACCAGCAGCGGGCAGAGAAGGCUCGGGAGGAGUUCCAGGAGCACCGAGUGGGCCGCUGGGUAACCGUGCACACCCAGGACGUGUGCCGCAGCGGCUUCGGCGUGAGCCACGAGGCCGACGCCGUCUUCCUGGACAUUCCGUCGCCUUGGGAGGCUGUGGGCCAUGCCUGGGAUGCCCUCAAGGUCGAAGGUGGGCGCUUCUGCUCCUUCUCGCCGUGCAUCGAGCAGGUGCAGCGCACGUGCCAGGCGCUGGCGGCCUGUGGCUUCACGGAGCUGAGCACCCUGGAGGUGUUGCCGCAGGUCUACAACGUGCGCACCGUCAGCCUGCCCCUGCCAGACCUGGGUGCCGGCACAGCGCCCCCUGCCAGCCCUGACGCCGGCCCCUUUCGCAGCGGCACGCCCAUGAAGGAGGCCGUGGGCCACACUGGCUACCUGACCUUCGCCACCAAGACCCCGGGCUAGUGGCUGCUGCCUGGGAGCACCAGAGAGCUGGGAGCACUGUGGGGCCCAGGCAGGGAGGCCAGAGACCACCUUAUAUGGUCAGUGGACGCCUGCGGGGCCUGUGGCCUAGAGACAGAUGGUGGGGCGGGGCUGGGGGCCUCCUGGGUGGCUGAGUGGAGGAGCAUCGUCCUGUCCUCCCGCCUGCGCCUGCAUCACUGCCAAGCUCAGCGGCCCGGUCCUCGCUGCUGUUUGCUGCCAACAUGAAGUCUGCACUGCCACAGGCUCUCCUGGAUGCUGAGGCCAGGGAGGCGGGUCUGAGCUCCCCAGGUGGCCCAAGCAGGAAGCGGGUGGAGGAGGGGCAGAGGCCCUGCUACAUCUGACCCCAGGGCCCUGGCUGUCCCCAGGGUCUGUGGGCCAGCUUGUCAACCCUGGGCCAAGGCUCCAGUGCUGGUGGCCCUGGGGCAAGGCCGGAAGCUGGAGUGGAGCUGACUGGAGAGCCCUGCCCUGCCCCUCCCUCCUCCCCAGUGCUUCUGGGGACGGGGGGAGGUGACCCAGCUCUCUCACCUCUGGGCUGACCCCACAGCGUUGGACACUGCCCAGGUCUAGUGUGUUCCCUGGUGUCUGAGGGGCAGGGCACAUGUCAGUGAGGUCAUAUGUCACACAGGAACAGAGCAGGACGGUUAUGUGCUUUGAGUGACCCAGCAAGUCCGUGUUGGAGCCGGGGUUUGGGCCAGCCUGUGAAUCCCAGACCCACACGGGCACCCCUGCCUCUCACAGGAGCCCAGGCCCUGGAGGCCCCGACAAGGACAGCAGUGCAGGUGGGAGAGGGGGUGUAUCCAGGCGGGCUCCCGGGGCUGGCAUUCGGUCACCAUCACUGGAAGGCAGAGGGGGUGUUUCCUGAGGGGAGGACACGGGGGAUUCUUAGUGGGGGCACUCGUCACUUGCUCUGCUGUGUGGCCCUAGGCCUGGCCUCCCUCUGUGUGUAGUGGUGUCCCGGUACCGGUGUCAGGCUGUGAGGCUCCCCUGCAGCUGUCACUAGUGCACAGAGGGCCUGGGUGUCUGCCCAGGUAGCCAGCAGCUGUUGGGGGCCUUGGUUUCCCCUGUGCUGGGGGGGGGGCCUCGGCAGCUUCUCACGUGGGCACAGGGCUGGUCCCCAAGUACCCCUGACAACAAUAAACGUGCUGCCCCCAC